CCCUAUUACGUCACGAUGUACAACCCUUGUUCAGUGUAUGUGGGUGAAGGGGUGGUCAAACAGGAUAGCAGAGAGACUGAAGAGAAAGCUCCUUAUCAGAAGAGUAACAGAUGUGCUGAAGAGAGACAUGACAGCGUUGACUCUGUCAACGUGAAUAGUCCAGGGAGACUUACCAGAGGAAUUUUCUGCAGAGUCAAACAAACACAACAAAAACAUGCAAAAAGAGAAGCAAAGGAGGGACAAAGGGAGAGCAACUCAGAGAUAAAGUACAUGUCAGACAUAGUUCCUCCAGAGGUUAGACCCAAACCAGUCGUCCCUGCCAAGCCUCCAAAUGUGGGAGCUCCUUCUCCCUCUAGCCCCUUUCCACCCCAAGGCCUGGGUAUCGCAGGAGGCGGUGUCUCUGCUCCCCCCACAAGCAGCAUCCCAGUGCCCAUUGGGAGUCACGGCCCGAGUCAUGGGGGAAGUCAUGGUGUGACUCAUGGUGUCAGUCAUGGUGUUGGCCACAGUGGGAGUCACACUGCAGCACACAGUGGUGGUCAUGGCCAUGGUAGCUCCCAUAGCUCCAGUGGGGGAUCCACUCUGCUAGGGUACAUUGGCAUUGACACCAUCAUUGAGCAGAUGAGGAAGAAGACUAUGAAGACAGGCUUUGAGUUUAACAUCAUGGUAGUAGGUCACAGUGGUCUUGGAAAGUCAACUCUAGUGAACACCUUAUUCAAGUCCCAGGUGAGCAGGAGGAGUGCGGGAUGGGCCCGCGAUGAAAAGACCCCCAAAACCGUGGAGAUAAAGUCAGUGUCUCAUGUGAUUGAAGAGGGCGGUGUGAAGAUGAAGCUGACGGUUGUCGACACUCCAGGGUUUGGAGACCAAAUUAAUAAUGACAACUGCUGGGAGCCAAUUUCCAAGUACAUCAAUGAGCAGUUUGAGAAGUUCUUAAAGGAGGAGGUCAACAUCACCAGAAAGAAACGCAUCCCUGACACUAGGGUGCACUGCUGUCUCUAUUUUAUCCCCCCAACUGGACACUCUCUUCGGCCGUUAGACAUUGAGUUCAUGAAGCGCUUGAGUCACUCGGUCAACAUCAUCCCUGUCAUUGCCAAAUCAGACACGAUGACCAUUGAGGAGAGACAGGAGUUCAAACAGCGGGUAAGGAAGGAGCUGGAGAUGAGUGGAAUUGAGUUUUACCCACAAAAAGAGUUUGACGAGGACAUGGAGGACAAGAGCGACAAUGACAAGAUCAGAGAGGCAAUGCCCUUUGCUGUGGUGGGGAGUGACAAAGAAUACCAAGUGAAUGGCAAGCGAGUUCUGGGGAGGAAGACAGCGUGGGGGAUCGUAGAAGUUGAAAAUGCAAACCAUUGUGAAUUUGCUCAGCUGAGAGAUUUUCUGAUCAGGUCUCACCUCCAGGAUUUGAAGGAAGUUACUCACAACAUUCACUAUGAAACUUACCGUGCCAAGAGACUGAACGAGAAUGGAGGUCUGCACCCCAUAUCUUCAAAUGACACCCAAGAAAGCAACCUGUAGUUAUUCACACAGCUGAAAGAUAAAUCUACAAAAUAUUAUUACCAUUUUCACCACAGCACUGCUGCAUGUGCUGAAACAAAUAUAAUUUGUAAAAAUUAUCAUUGCAUCUCCAAACUCCCACCAUCAUUCCACAUGUUAGCAUAUCAAACUCUUCUAUUUCCAUUUUAGUAAUUUCCCCUAUUAUUUGGAAACAACAUUCUAUCUACUGCCAACUCCUUGUCAUAUCUCAUUGUGCAGAUACUACAAGCUUAGAAAGUGCCAUGUUGUGUAUAUCAUGAUGAUGCUACAGGUUUUGGUAUUUUGAAUUUUCACAAACAUUGAUUUGCUCCAAAUUCCUGUGUGUGAUGGCUAUGCAUGAGCCUGCUCCACACCUGUUUAAUUUGCUGAUAUAAAAUUAUCAACAGCAACUGCUCAUAAAGGAUCCCUGUGACUUCAUAAAUAUUAAACCUAAUCCUUAAAACCCAACUCUGCAACACAAACAAGUGAACUUUCUCUCGUGUUCCUUUUCCCUGUAUAAAUGCAGAGACCUACCAACGUAAAUGUCUGCAACAUCAAUCACAUCUGAUACGCAGUUCAUGUGGGCAUCUCUGUGAAUGACAGGUACUGCGGAUUCUGUCAGUCUGUGAUUCACCAUAACCUAAGUUGCAGCUCAGCAUGUUCAGUAUUAACCACAAUGGUUGCAGAAAAGAAAAGUUUUUAGCUGUUUGUGCCAUCAGUUUGCAAUUGCACCUCUUCAUCUUGAUCAAGAUGGAUCUCAGAUUUUGGUGUGAAUCUGUCAGUGAGGACCACUAUUCCCUGUCGUGUUGUUUUUAUUUAUUUAUUUGGAAUUUAUAAGAGUUUUCAAUUCAUAUAUCCUUAUUUUACUUAUCUUGGUGGCCAUUCAUAAAAGGUGUAUUUUGUCACCCAAAAAAAAUCUGAUCAUUGGUGUGAUCACUGUAUCUUUUCUUAAUAACAGGUGAACAGAGAGCAUAAAAUAUUUUUGAUGUCUUUUCCCAAGUGUGAUAACACAGCAGAAGUCUGGUGUUUGUUGCCAAUUUUAUAAAAUUAAAGUCAUCCUGUUCACCACUGGGUGGCAACACUCUCCCAUGUUAAAGCAGAGUUUAGUCUCCUUGUGUCAUGUCCAGUCUGGGGCCUCCACUGAUGGUGAUAACCAAAAUAUUUAUCCAGAUCAAGUUUACAAGAAACCUUUUACCCCAAUGAUAUGCAGGUGUAUUUGAAAUCAGUUUAUUUAUUAAGCUGCAUAUUUAAGGUUUCUUUGAUACAGUUUUACCAUGUUCUGUCAUCAGCAGAGCACAAAUAUGCCAAAACUACAAAAUAUUUAAUCUUUCAAUAUCUAUCAAUUGUGUCAUUUUAAAAAGUCAUACAUGUUUGUAUGAUUUUGAUAUGAAAUGUGAUGUCUGCAACAAAUGAUAGUUGAUAGUUAUUGUGGUUUUAGUGCAGUCAAAGGUUUUCCAGAAAAGUGUUUCUGUUUCUGCUGUGUUGUGUGUGUGCAUGCUUGUAUCCAUGUUGCUUAGAGUUCACUCAUUUUUGCAACUUACAAUUACUAUUUCUGAAUGUGUGAUGUGUACAUUAAAUUGAUAAAUUUAAGGUGAAACGCUGCUGCGUUAACUCCUAAAACGGCCCACCGUAUGCAUAUCAUUCAUCCUGUUCAAACAAUACCACAGUAUAAAUGUAUUUAAUAACCACUUUUUGCAAAGUUGCUGUGACACUUUGAGGUAUAAUUUCCAGUGUUAUAUGGAGUUAUUUAUACAUUAAUGUCUUACUAUUGUAAUUUAUUCUUUAUUUAAUAAAAGCACUGUCCAUGUUUUUGGAAA